AUGGCAGAAUCACUUGUUUUCUCUUACGAGGCCUCAGAGCCCGUGCAGGAGAUCCGUCUGGUCUCGUCGACCACACCCACCGAGUGCGGCCCUCACGAAGUCGUCGUGGAGAUGCUGGCCGCGCCCAUCAACCCUCUGGACUUCCUCGUCCUGCAUGGCAAAUACCCCGUGAAGCCCCAGAACAGCGCCCCUCUGGACAACGGCGAGUACAGGCCCAUUCCGGGCUCGGAUGGGGCGGCCCGCAUCAUCCAGACGGGAUCGGCAGUGACCCAGUUCCAUGUCGGGGAGCCAGUGAUCCUGCGGACCCACUGUCGGGGAUCCUGGCGGACACACGCCGUACUGGACGAAAACGACGUGCUGCGUGUUCCCACCACGCUCGACCCGCGCCUGGCCAGCAUCCUACGCAUGGGGGUGGCGCCCGCCUACUUCCUGCUGCGCGACUACGCCGCGCUCGAGCCCGGCGACUGGAUCAUCCAGAACGCCGCAACAGGCACCGUCAGCCAUUUCAUCAGCCAACUGGCGCAGCUGCAGGGAGUCAAUGUCAUCAGCGUCAUCCGCAAUCGCGCAUCGGCGGAGGAAGUCGAACGCACGAAGCGGUCGCUGCGCACGCAUGGCGCAUCCGUCGUGCUGACGACGACGGAACUGGCCGACAGCGGCGCAGAGCUCCUGGCGGGCAAACGCAUCGCGCUGGCCAUCGACUUUGUCUCGGAUGACGCACUGGCGCGACAGAUGGCGGGAUUCCUGGCGCCGGGGGCCACCCUAGCCACGGCGGGCUUCUUGGGAGUGUCGUCUGCUGUGCGCGACGGCACCCUCCGCCAAUUCCUCUGGCAGCGCAAUAUUACGCUCAAGGCGUUCCGGCUGAGCGACUGCCUCGGGCGCCGAUCAGCGUUUCAUCAGACCGCGCUGCUCGAGUGGUUUGCCCGACUGUUUGUCGAGGGGACGCUCAAGGCGCCGGCAGUGGAGUAUGUGCGGUGGAAGCGAGGUGAAAAGGGCCAGGAGCAAAUCCUGCGGGAUAUGCUGCAGCGACACGAGAAGGGGGCUCUGGGUGAACGGAAGAAGAUCCUCGUGUUUGAGCACUAA